UGAUAAUUGCAAAAUUUCAGUGGUAAUACCUGAAACAUAAUAAGAGAUAUAUUUAUAAAUAAAUAAUUAUUUACGAUUUUUUUCAAGUAUUUAUAAAAUUUCGUUUGAAUUCUCAGUUAACAAUUUUGAAUUGAAAGAACUUCAAAACAUUAAAGAAAUAAAGCAAGUAAACAUUGUAAUUCCAUAAACAAACAAAAGGUUAACCAUCUAAAAAGUGUUAAAAGAGUAUUGAUAACGAUUGAGAAAUACUCUGGUAUUUUAUUUUAUUUUAUUUGUAAUAGAAAUAUGUCAAAACUUGGUUUAUUUUUUUUAUUUUUUUAAUUCUAAAUGACUUGCAUUUUAUACCAUAUUUCUGGAAGCAACGCCCCAGACUGUCAUAUAAUAUUGUUCCACUCUUCCAUAAAUUUCCGCAAGUCUCACUCUUAUAAAUAAUUAAAAAUAACAUGCUAAUUCAUUUUUUAGUUCUAAAAUUAAAAAAAAAAUCGUUUUAAAAUUUAAAUAGAUUAAGUGCACGAAGAAAAGAAGCAUACGUGAAGUAAUUCUUCUGCUGAGAAAUCUUGAGUUUAAGUAUUAAUUGACAGUAAUAGCUUAUUUCUAAACACAUUUGGAUAGUUAGAAUAUAUAUAUAUAUAUAUAUAUAUAUAUAUAUAUAUUUUUUGAUUUAAAGUAAAAAUAACAAAUCAAUGGAUACUAUUACUUAUUUCAAUUCAAUUUUCCUUGCAAUAUGAUUUGCCUCAAGAAAAUACUCUUAAUGUUAUCAGUUCAAGAACCCAUAAUGCCGAAUUGCCUCAUGUUUGAAAAUUAUUUAAGUUGAUGCAACAUUUAGCUAUCCAUUUCAAUCCAUAUGACUGAAGUAUCUUUAACAGUAUUUAUUUAUUUACUUAUAUUUUACAAUACUCACAAACGCAUUCAGUAAAACCAUUGUUAAUCGGUUAUCAAUUAAGUUUGUUUUUGGUUAUAUUCCAAUUAUAUUGUAAUGUAUUUGGACAAUAAAAAUAGAUUGUGUACAUUUUGAGGAUUAAGAAACAGCAUAAUAAUUACAUAACUUAUUUAUGAUUAGCACAAACUAUGUUUUCAAAAACAAAAUUUUGUUAUAAUGAAUAUUAUUAGAUAUUAUGAGCUUCAUCUAAUUUAAAAUAGAACUUUAGAAUUCAAAUUCAUACUAGAUGAAUGUAUCUUUAUGUGUGACAAAUGAUGAAGUUUUUGUGAUACAAAACAUCAAGGUACCCCAUAUUUAUUAAUCAUCAUUGAUGCAAGAACAAAAUGAUAGAACAUGUGCUCAUUCUACAAGUUGUUCACAAUGUUGUUUUGAUUGUUUAUUUGAAAUCUUUCACUCUUGUUGGUGCCAUAAUGAUAUCGUCAUAUUAUUACUUGGACUCAACAAUGCUGGAAAAUCAACUCUUCUUUCCACAAUUAGGAAAGAAGAAAGAAAGGAUCACUUUUCAACAUGGGGAUUUGAUGGAAAAGUAUGGAAAACUCACAAAUUCCGCACAAUGGUGUAUGAUUUGGGUGGACGAAAAAGCUUUCGUGGAAUUUGGCCUCACUAUUAUGCAGAAGCUUUUGGUGUAAUAUUUGUUGUGGAUGGAGCAGAUGAGAGUCGAAUUUGGGAGGCAUCCGUGGAAUUAAAGGCGGUUAUGGAGCAUCCGUAUCUAGUUGGGAAACCACUUCUCAUUGUGGCCAACAAAUUGAAUGAAAGCAAGGCUUUGAAAUAUGAUGAUCUCAAGGGUGCCCUUGGUCCUUUCAAUGCUAGUGAACAUGCAUUCAUCUAUUGUGAUUGCCGGUUGCAAAGUGGAUGUCUAAUUGACAAGGAGCUACAAGUUGGACUUGAUUGGCUUGUAGCAUCCAUUGAACUCCAUUACAACCAACUUGAAGGAAGAGUUGAAUAUGAGCUAGCAAAGCAGAGGGAUGAAGAAAGCAGAAGUCUUUUGGAAAGACGUCAAUGGUCAAAAUCAUUACAAGAUGAAAAAGAGCUAGCCAAGAAUUUACAAUCCACUGUUUUAUCAACAAAUGAAGAUAUAAAAUGUGAAAGUCAUGAGCAAAUGCAAACACAAAUAGAGCUUGAUGAAACAAAUCUCAAUAUUUGCACAUAUGAACGGAAAAGUAUGCACGGCCAAAGCUUCAAUAUUAGCACAGCAGAAUAUGAGAAGUCACUGGCCCCUUUGAUUGAGAGCUUCAAAAAAACAGAUGAUGAGCCCAGUUAUACUCCGACCCAAAUUGCUGAAUAUUUUGGGAUUUGUUUGAACAAAACCCAAAACAUUGAAUGCCAUCCUCAACAUCUGCCUGGCCAACUAAAUUUGGGGGUGGACUAAUGUUUUUACAUCCAUAAAUUUGUGAUCAAUUUUGCACUUUGAUAGAUGGAUGGAUGGAUGGAUGGAUGGAUGGAUGGAUGGAUGAAUGGAUGGAUGGAUGAAUGAAGAAGGGUAUGAUUGUAGGUGUACAUAUGUUGGAAAUCAUUUGUAUAUAGUAAUUUACCAAACAUGACAUGUAUUUAAAUAAAUAGGUAAACAGAAAUGCAUAUUUAUUUGUUACAAUUU